AUGAGGUAUACCUUCGCCAGCCGCCGUCUACCGCAAUGCCUCCAAUACUCCUCUCGCGGCCAAGUCCAAUACCGAUCCAGCUCCGCCCUCCGACCAUGCUCUCUUUCCGCCCGCUGCCAAUCCUCCCUCCUCCGCCGCCCUCAACUCUACUCCCCGCUCCGCCCACAUCUCCGGGUUACCAUCCGCUACCGCCAGAUCCACAUCCCCAUCCCGCCGCCCCUGAUCCCUCCCAUCGUCUUCACCGGCCUCUUCUUCACCCUCUGGAUCUACAAAUGCAUCAUGAUGGUCGUUUUCCAGAACCGCAUCAUCUACAUGCCAUCCAUGCCGCCGGGGGCGAGGAGGGAGAAGAUCGAGGACUAUGCGGGGUUGUGUGGCGGAGUGAGAUGGGUGGAGAGGCGGACGAGGGCUGCGGAUGGGGUGGAAUUGGGGCUUUGUGUGAGUGAUAGUGGGAGUGAAAAGGGGGAUAUCGACGUAGAUCGGCAUGUGGUGGUGCUAUAUUUUCAAGGCGAUUUGGAGCGAACGUCUAGCCGACGAGUCAAAUAUACACUCGUCGCCCUCUCAUAUCGUGGCUACUGGACAUCUCGUGGCAGAGCGUCACAGAAGGGAAUCGAGCUGGACGCACGGGCAGCGCUGAGCUGGAUACAAUCGGCCUAUCUCAGAGAUAACAGCAGAUUAUCAUCAAGCGCCCAAAAGAAACACGAAGACAUCCUCGUCCUUUGGGGACAGAGUAUCGGCGCGGGUGUAGCCACAGGGUUGGCCGCCCACCAAGCCGAGCUGCCUGCUUCGGAACAGACGCCCAUCAAGGCCCUGAUCCUGGAAACGCCCUUCCUGAGCGUACGCAGCAUGCUCGUGACACUGUAUCCACAACGGUGGCUUCCCUACCGGUAUCUAUGGCCAUUUCUGCGGAAUUGGUGGGACUCUGAAACGGCGUUGAAGACGAUGGGGGAGGCGUUCAAGAGACGGGAGAAGCUGCAGGAGCGAGGCGCCAAAGGGCCAGAGAAGAUGCCGGUUUUGAUAGUUUCGGCUGCGAACGACGAACUUGUUCCUGUGCAGCAGGCCGACCGGCUCGAAGAGAUAUGUGCCGAGGCAGGGCUCGAGGUGGAGCGGCAAAGGGUAGCUGGCGCAUUGCAUACAGAUGCGACAAUUCGUUCAGAGGGGAGGAACGCGGUGGUGAGAUUCUUGAAAGGAAUUGGCGAGAGCUAG